GGGAGGGGGCCGGGGCGGUGGCCGGGCUCCGGGAGGGGUGGGGGGCAGCGACUGUGCCCGGUGCGGGCCGCCCCGGGGCCCUCCGCAGGCCGCCCGUAGGAUGAGGCCCGGCCUCGCCCGCUUUGCCCCGGGGGAGCAACUGAAGGCCGCGCCGCGAGGAUGGGCGCGCUGAGGAGAUGUCGUGUGGGUGCCCCCACCCCGCGGCACCGAGGCCGAAACGCGGGCAUCGGCCUCGGGGCCGUCGUGAACGAACUUCUGCUACGCUUCAGAACUCUCUUCUCCAUCUGUCCCAAGGCCGAGACGUCUACAAGCAACGUGGAGAGCAGGCCUUGAGGCCUGGAGGCUUGAAGAGCAAGGGGGAAGGCAGGAAGGCAGACAAAAGGCCUCAAAGCCUUCAGACCGAAGAGAGAUCUCAAGGCCAAACAGGGCUGGUAGCACGCAGGGAGGCCAGGGGGUGCAGGUGUGUAAAACCAAGAGGAUGGCCUGGAGGCCUGGAGAAAGGCCACAGUCCAGCCAAGAGACCUAGAGGCAUGCAAUCCCAGAGGGACCCGCAGCCAUUUGGAGGAAGUUGGGGAAGCUCCAAACCGGCACUGGAAGGUGGAAGGAGAGGACAGCCGCCGCCCCGCAUCACCCCGAGAGUCUGCGUCCCCCCCGUGUGCCAUCUGGGCCCUGGGGGAACCAUGUCUGCGGGGGGGGCUCCUCAGCACCCGGCUCCUGCACGAGAGAAAGGCCAAAGAAGCACUCAGGGUGCCAGGAUGCUGCCAAGCACUUCUGUGCGUGGUGAAAACCCAGAGAACAGAGAAAACCAAACCGAGCCAAACCAGAAAAGCGAUGGCCAGCUGCUGAAACACCUCUCCUCUCUCCUGGAGCAGCCUGCCCACAUCCUGAACCUGCUGCCUUACCCCAGGCUGAACGAGGUGCCCAGGGCUGGACAUGAACUGGGUUCUGCGGGUGCAGAGAUCCCCUCUGACCCCUGCACAGGCUACAGAUUUUUCAAGCCCGGUGGCUUGUUCGGUAUUAAACAGUCGGAGGAGCCGUUCCCUGAAGGCCAGCAGAUGCAGGAGGACAGCAAGAUCCUCGUGAGCCCCUGUGCAGUUGAGCCUGUCCGAACGAACAAGGUGGAGCAGCCUGAUGAGAAGCCCGGGGUUGCUACAGGCUCUCUGGAGCUGUACCCCACUGGUGCCAGCAGCUCCAGCCGCUGGUUCCAUGGCGGGCAGCGCGCACCCGAGCGGGCAGGCACAGAGCGGGAUGGCGCGGCCGGCCUCAGCCCGUUGCCUUCCAGGGUGGGCUGCUGGGUGCCCCAGCUUGGCAAUGGCCCCUUCCGCUGUGCCCAGUGCGGGAAGGGCUUCCGCCAGAAGCAGAGCCUCAUCACUCACGAGAGGAUCCACACCGGGGAGAAACCCUACAGGUGUGGGGAUUGUGGGAAGAGCUUCAGCCAGCGCCCCAACUUGCUGACCCACCGCCGUGUGCAUACUGGGGAGCGCCCCUUCCCCUGCACGCAGUGCGGCAAGAGCUUCAGCCAGAAGGCCAACCUCCUGGCCCACCAGCGCAUCCACGCAGCCAACGAGAAGGCACUGGCGGGGGGUGAGCAGGAGGACGGUGGCUCCGGCAAACCAAAGCUGCGGGCUACACAGCGCAGCUACCAGGACGACACCCCUUUUGUGUGUCCUGAGUGUGGGAAGAGCUUCCGGCAGAAGCCCAACCUCAUCACACACCGGCGCAUCCACACGGGUGAGCGGCCCUUCACCUGUUUCCUGUGUGGCAGGAGCUUCAACCAGAAGACCAACCUGGUGACGCACUACCGCGUGCACACCGGGGAGCGCCCCUUCGCCUGCACCCAGUGCGGCAAGCGCUUCACACAGAAAACCAACCUCGUGACACACCAGAGCACCCACACUGAUGUCCGCCCCUACCCCUGCGGGCAGUGCCAGAAGUGCUUCAAGGACAAGGUGUCCCUCAAAGCCCACCAGAAGACACAUGCUCCACGCCAGCGGAGGUGCCCAGGCCGUGGUCCAGCUCCCACCCUACCCUUCGGGGCUGCACCCACACUGCUGCAGCCAGGCAGCCUGGAGCAGGAGGCUCCUUUCAGCUCCAUGCCACCGCUGCCUGUUCAGAAGAUCCCUGAAGGCCAGGAACUAUACUCGUGCACGGAAAAGGGCUUCCCCUCAAAGGAGCAGCUACUGCCCACACAGCAGGCCCAUCUAGGGGAGCAGGCCUUCCCCUGUGUGCAGUGUGGGGAGGGGUUUUGCCCCAAGGUUACUCUGCUCCGGCCGCAGCAUGGCCCCACUGCCGAGGCUCCUGCUGGCUGCACUGCAGGCUUCAGCCCCGGCCCGCACCUCCUGGGGCACCUGGGGGUGCAGCCCGUCCUCGGGGACGGCACGACCCCCACACCGCCCACCCCCGGAGCAGAGAAGCCCUUCAUCUGCAAUCAGUGUGGCAACAGCUUUGGCCUGUGGAUCUCCCUAGUUGCUCACCAGAAGACUCACGUGGGGCAGAAGUCCUACCAGUGCCCUGAGCAUGACAAGAGCUCUGGAGAUGAGCUGUCCACCAAAUCUCCCCAUGAGAAAGACAUGGAGGGGAGAGCCUGGCUGUGCCCUGAGUGCGGAAGAAGUUUUGUGCAGUAUGAGCGUUUGGUAAAGCACCGCCAGAACCACCGAGGCCGGGGUCCUUAUCGUUGUGACGUCUGCGGGAAGAGAUUCAGCUUGAAGACCAACCUGGUGACUCACCAGCGCAUCCACACCGGUGAGCGGCCCUUCACCUGCGGCGUCUGCGGCCGCCGCUUCAACCAGAAGGGCAACCUGGUGACGCAUUACCGCACGCACACCGGGGAGCGCCCCUUCGCCUGCACCCAGUGCGGCAAGCGCUUCGCCCAGAAGCCCAACCUCAUAGCCCACCAGAAGACCCACUCGGGCAGGCAGCCCUUCACUUGCCUUGAGUGCCCCAAGCGCUUCAAGAGCAAGCUUUCCCUCCGAGUCCACCAGCGUGUGCACGUGGUGGAGCGGCCCCAAAGCGAGCCGGGCCCCGGCCAGACACCGCCCAGCCUGCAGAGCCACCCUGGCAGCCCAUACCCCUGCUCGCUCUGCGGGGAGUCCUUUGAGGAGCACGGCGAGCUGCAGCUGCACCGGCAGGGCCACGCUGGCGAGCGGCCACACGCCUGUGCCGAGUGUGGCAAGCGCUUCCGGCAGAAGGUGAACCUGGCGGUGCACCAGAGGACCCACACCGGGGAGCGGCCCUUCCACUGUGCUGAGUGCGGGAAGGGCUUCAGCCAGAAGGCUCACCUCCUCCGGCACCGCCGGACGCACACCGGUGGUGUGCCACCCUCCUGCUGCGAGGGGACCUGUCCAGCACACCGCGAUGAGCCGGACGCCAGCGCUGCCCUGGGGAAGGGCCCCGCACCGCCUGGCACGCUGCUGCCGCCCUGCUCCCGUGGAGCCGUGCAGGGAUCGCUGCCACGGGAAGAGCUCCGGCCAGGAGCACAGCCCGGCCCAAACAGAGCAGAGAGCCCAUCCGGGGCCGCAGACAUCCUUCUGCAGCUGAUGCAGGAAGAGCAGCACCUGGUGUCUGGCUCACAGCACCCACAGGAGGCACCCGCUGGGCAGUGCCCCUGCAAGUGCUCCGAGGGAGGGGAAGGGUUGGGUGGGAAGCCCAGCCUGCAGCCACAGUGCUGCUGCGCCGACUGCGUGACCCAGAGGCAGCUGCUGCUGAAGCCCCAGCAUGACUGCCGUGCUGAGAUCUGGUGCAAGUACAGUGGCUGUGGAAGAAGCUUUGAGGACAAGAGAGUCCUGAGAGUGCCUGAGAGAGCGCACAGCGAAGAGAAAACCUCGCCGUGCCCGAGCUGCUUGUAACACACCAGCUGCCACGAGCCCACCCAAGCGAGGGACUGUACCUUGUUGUUCUUGCAGUAGGGACACCAAGCCUGGCUAGGUGGGAGCUCAUGCCAAGAGCCAACUGCUGACCAACUGCGGACCUGUAAGAGUCUGAGGCAGGGCAGGCUGCAAGUCCAAGCCUGGGGGACUCAGGAGGACUGUGGUGGUUCUUGUGAACAGGACACUUGGCGAGUGAAGCACCCUGGAGGUGGGGUGUGAGAUGCAGCAGGUUGGUCAUGAGGCAGUGGAUGGACUUGGACACAAUGCGUGAGCUUUCUGUGUUUUGAACAUACCAAAUUUGUAAGGCAGGUGGAGCUGAGGAGCAGCAGGUGCUGGAUCGUGGGUCUGCAGCACUUCUGCCAGCACCUGCCUAUGAAGAGUUAGAUUGUGAGGGGUGGGGAGGAGCUCGGGAUCCUGCAUGCUGACUUAAGGAUCGCUUCUGCCGUGCAGGAGGCUGGGCAGAGGCAUGUCUGCUGGGGCCUGGCUCCAGGCUGAGCGUUGCAGUCCUGCAACAUGCAGACCUGGAGUGGGGCGGAGAGGGGCCUUGGUGGGCUGGGAGCUUCUGCCAGAGCCCUCUGUCCUCAUCAUCCAGACUGAUGUCCCUCCACAAAAUGUCUGAGGGCUGGAGAGCUAUGCCCUGCUACUGGCUGCCCACCAGCGUGGGCAGAGGAGAAGUAGCUUCGCUGGGGGAUGAGUGAGCUGCAGAGGGCGGCGAUGGGUCCCUUCCUGCCUCGAGGACCCUUGAGGAUCACAGCUAAGUAUCUCCUCUGAGCCGGGAGGGGUAAUACAGGGUGAAUAUGGGGGGUGGGGAUGGGGAAUGUAGCUUCUGCUUCUAUACUUGCUCUAUGGAUAACCUUUCUGAUAGCACCUCUUUCUGGUACUCACCUAACUUCUGCAUAGAUAACCAGGAGUGCCGGGCAGUGGUGUCUGCACUGCCCACUGCUGCGCUCAUGCUCGUGGGCGAGCAGUGUGGAGCUGUCUGGCUGGGGCAGGGCUGUGGGGCAGAGCUUUAGGGAUGGGAACUGCUGGCCUGGAAGCUGUUCCCACUUGGAAACGCGCUUUGCAUAAAAGGGGAAACAAAUCUUGCCUGUUGUGCCCAGAGGGGCCAGCUUGCCAUUGCUCCCCUCAUGCUGUGAGCUGUGCAGCCAGCCCCAGCCCUAGCAGCACACCCCUAUCUUGCUUCGCUCAGCUGCAGAGCCUCCUUGCUACCAUGGUUUGGCAAAGACCUUCGCUGAGGACAUGCGGGAUGCUGUUAGUGGUACCUGGUGCGGUGCAGCAAUCCUGGGUGCGCUCUGCCUGCCACCACCUCCUCCCCUGUGUUCUGGGGCGUACCUCGGGGCACACCAUAAGGGAACACUGCUUGCUGUGCUGUGAGCAAGCACCGCACCGACUGCCCAGCACAGAGGUGGGGUCUCCAUUCCUGGAGACGUCCGACACCUAAAGGGACACAGCCUGGGGCAGUGGGCAUGGUGGCCCCAAUGGGCAGGGAUGGAGUGGGUGACAACCAGAAGGGCACACCAGGAUGGUCGCACUGGACCUGCAUGCUGGAUAAGGAUGUUUUCCGUUAGCAAAGUGCCCAGCUGGUGGCACGACCAUGCGAGGGAUGGUGGCAUCCUGGCUUGGGGUCCCUGGCUCCAUCCCCAGGCAGGGAGUGGGCAUUGCUCCCUCCAGCACUCAGCCCCGCUCACCCAGCAUCACGCUCCAGCGACAUUUCAGGUCCUUGCAACUCUAUUUUUUUGAGGUUAUUUAAAAUAAAAGCUUACUCACAGCAGGUUCCUGCCUCCUCCUUUGUGGGACAGCACUCUGCCCCAGGCCUCGGGGUGGGAGCCACUCGUCCAUCCCUGUUGGUGCAGAUUAUAACCACGUUGCUGACAGAGCUGCCUGCAGAGGCCUUCUUGGCUUUUGCAUCUCUUAGCAGAAGUCUCACAUAGCGAAGGGGUGAAGGUAGCAGAUUGUCAGUAAAGCUGCAUUGGAUGUGUGGUGCUUUUUAAAGCCGGGACUCUUCCCAGCAGCUGAGCUGGGGCUGCCCCUCAUGGGGCUGUGCUUUGUUCUCCCCAUCAUUUCCCACCAAGAGUCGGCAACCCCCCCAGAGCCGUAAUUGCUGUGAGUUGUACAUCGAGGCAGGCCCUGGUCCCCCACACACCUAACCCAUGAGCAGCUCCUUCACUUCCCUGCCACUGCAGCCCUGUGAGCCCCGUGGGCCUUUGCUGCCCUUCCCAUUCUGUUGGCUGCAGUCCUGCUGGGUGGCUGGGAUGGGAUCCUGGGGUGCGGUGCUGCAGGAAUGCUGCUCGUUGGGUGCGUGGAGACGUGCAGGCCCUGUCCCAUCCCACACUGCUCCUUCCCCAUCCCAUCCUGCUGCUCCACCUCCCACCAAAAGGCAGAAGACACCUGGGCUGUGCUCCGUGUCCCCACUAUCCUCACCCUUCCCUGAGAUGCCACCCCUGUCUGGCUGUGGUCACAAUCCCAUUGGGAAGGGGAGUCAUAGAAAUAGGGGGGUUGG